AUGUAUUUGCAUUUAGUAGAAGCUUCACAUGAAUCAAAGAUGUUAUAAUGUUAGAAAUCUGAUUUUAUGUAAGCAGUUGAACAUAGUUAAUAAUGUUUUAUCGCUUAAUAGUAUUGCUAACAUGAUUUUUUAUAUUUCAAUUAUAGCAUUUUGAGUUAUUGUUGGUUGAAUGGAUCAAUUAUGGUAAAAGAUUUAAAAACAAAUAGACAACUUUAAUAGUAUCUGGUUUCGUAGGAUAUUUGGUAUACAAUGGAAUAAGUGAAGUAAUAAAAGAAUAUUUGAUUCCUUCAUUGGAGGCAGUAAAAGUACGUUUUGAAGUUUCUGAGAUUAUGGCUGGUGUCACUCUAUUAGCAUUUGGUAAUGGUGCAGGAGAUGUUUUAACAGCUUUAGUGGCAUCAUCUUAUCCUGGAGGUAUAGAUUACAACAUAGGUGCUACAAUGGGAGCAGGAUUUGUAAAUUAUAAGCAAUAAUUAUAUUUUAUAGUUCUUAUGCAGUAUUGGUGUUUAUUUAAUUACUAAAACAUCUAAAUCUUAAAUCAAAAUGGAUCCUAUACAUUUUUGGAGAAAUGUUGGAUUUCAAAUUAUUUCAAUAUUUGUUAUUAUGGUAUUUGGAGUAAUAGGUCAGAUUUCAUAUUUUUCCAGUAUUUCUCUUACAGUUUUGUAUUUGAUUUUGGUAUCAUUGGUCUAUUAUCAAGAAAGAGAUAAAAUAUUAAAAAGUAGAAAGGAUAAUAUGGGAGAAAGAGUUUAAACUGUUAAUGAGGCUAAAUUCGAUUUAGAAAUCGCAUAGAAAUUUGAUGAUAUGAAAUUAAUAUAUUUUUGGGAUAAAAAAUCAGAAAUGGAAUUAGCAGCAAAACCAGUAAAAUGGUUAACUCCCUUAAUAAGAUUAAAUUAUGUAUCCGGAGAUACAAGAGUCAAAAUGUUAGCUAAUAAAUUUAGAUCAGCAGUUAAACUUACAAUGGCAAAUAUGGAAUCUUAAAAAUAGAAAUGGGAAAGAUUAUCAUUUCAUGAAAAAGUUAGGGCUGUUAUUAUAUAUCCUUUAUAAAUGAUAUUAAAAUUCACUCUACCUAAACCUUAAGAAGAUUAAUUCGAUAAAAAUUAAGCUAUAAGUAAUUCUAAUUUUAUUUAUUUUAGUUUUUCCAAUACCUGGAUCUGCUUUCUUUGUUUCUGUUGUAUUUAGUUUCCCUCCAUGGUGGGUAUACUUCUUAGCUUUAAUGUGUGGAUUUGGUAUAUCCAUUUUCAUUAAUACUACUACGCCUACUUAAAGAUCUCCUCCAAAAUACUUUUUUUAUAUACAAUUAUAUUGUAUUUUAGGUUCUUUAGUAUGGAUAUUCUUUUUGUCUGGAUUACUUAUAGACUUCUUACAAUUUUGGGCCAUCAUUACAGAAUUGAAUAAGACAUACUUAGGAUUUAGUUUAAUUGCUAUGGGAAAUGUAUUACCUGAUUGCAUCACUUUGAUUUCUUUAGCAGAAGAAGGUUAUGGUAAUAAAUAACCUUAUUUAUAGCAAUCAUGGCAUUAAAUGGAAUUUAUUGUAAUUCAUUUUACUAAUUCUCUAGUUGGAUAAAUGUUCACUAAUUUAAUUGGAUUUAGCCUUGCAUUUCUUAAACAAAAUUUUGUGAAUUCUGGCCCGAUCAAAUUCAAUCUAUUCAGUAUUAUAGAUAUUGAAUAAAAUGCCUUUAAAUUAAUGGUUAUUUUAGCUGCAUUCCUUAAUCUCUUAUUCACAUUAAUUAUGGUUAUUCGUAAUCAUUACAUUAUUAGUAGAUUUAUUGCUAAGAUACUAAGCAUAUUUUAUGCCAUUUUUUUUAUCUUAUCAUCUUCAUCUGCAUUUUAUCAUGCAUGGGUAAAAAAAUGA